AUGAGUGAGAUAGAGCAAAAUUUAUGUAAUCAUANUUAAUAAAAAUCAUAAUUUUAAGAAUUGUAAUAAAAUAGUUAAAAAGAAUUGAAUGAUUUGAAAUCAGAGUUAGUAGUGUGUUAAUAGACAAGUUAAGCAGAAAAAUUAAGACAAAGUAAGGAAAUUGAUGAAUUGAAUGGAAAAAUACAAAAGUAUGAAGAUGAUAACAAGAUUCAAAAUGAAAAAAUUAAAAAGUAUGAAGAAGAUAACAAGAUUAAAAAUGAAAAAAUAAAAGAGCUUGAAGAAUAGAGUUUAAAUAAAAAUUAAGAAUUACAAAAAUUAAAUUAAGAAAAUUAAAAAUUUAAAGACGAUUUAAAUUAAGCAAUAUAACCUUAAAACCAGGUGAACGCCUUAAUUGAAUUCUUUAAAUAGAAGUAGAAUAUAGAUGAUUUUAUGGAAAUAAAUAGUGAAAAAUAUAUGGAAUUGGUUACUGUGUUAAGUUCAAAUAAUUGA